AUGCAAUACGCCGCCAUUGUCAAGGGCUUGGGGCACUUGCUACUCUGGUCUGGGCCAAAAAUUGAGCCUGAAGACAUAACCACGGCGAUACGCACAGAGUUCUGCCCCUCAGAGGCCGGCAAGACCAGUACUCUGAACAUGCUGACGGGUGCCGUCCUCCCCUCCGCCGGCUCUGCAUUCCUGGGAGGCUUUGACGUCGUUCAGGAGCAGAGGAAGGUCCGACGCUUGCUGGGCUUCUGCCCGCAACACGACGCACUCCUCGACCGGCUCACGGUUCGGGAGCACUUGGAGCUUUUCGGACGCAUCAAGGGCAUUCCGAACCAUGCGAUCAAGGAGCUUUGCGAUCAGAUGAUGCAGGACCUUUCCCUCUCUCCUCAUGUGGACAAGCUGGCCAUGACGCUGAGUGGUGGGAACAAGCGCAAGCUGUCGCUGGCCAUCGCACUGAUGGCCUCGCCCCCAUUGGUUUUCCUCGACGAGCCAAGCACUGGCGUAGAUCCUGCCGCUCGACGAUUGAUGUGGCAUGUCAUUUCAGCCGUCUCGACGAUGCGCCGAGAAAGUACAGUCAUCCUCACGACCCACAACAUGGAGGAAGCCGAGGCUUUGUGCUCUCGUGUUGGCAUCAUGGUCGGGGGGCGGCUGCGCUGCUUCGGCAGCAACCAGCGCUUGAAAGCCCGCUUUGGGCAGGGCUAUCAGCUGGAGGCCCGACUGUGCGCGGCUACACUCGGCGAGUGCGAAAGCUUCGUUCGCGAGAUGAUGCUUCCAGACCGGCUGGAUGCCACGGCUGUGGCAGAGCAGUGCACUGCGGCCGGUAAACCAGACCGAGCUGCUCUCAUUUGUCAAGGCUGCGAGGAAGGCUACGUCGUGUAUGACAGCCUCAGCCGUGAAGGAUCCAUCUCUGCCCUCCACUUCGCAGAGUGGUGGCUGUUCGAGGAUAGUGCUCUGAAGCUGAACCAGUACUUGGCACAGCACUUUCCGGGCACUGUGGCCUUGGAGAGGCCGGACUCGGUGGGAGACUGUUGGUCCAAGAAGUCUGGAGUACAGGGCAUAGGUGUCAGAAGUUUUCUUUCCAGGUUUUUUUGGAAUUCAGGUAUGAAGAGUCGGCAUGAAUCUUGA